AUGGAGGCGCUGUUUCACUGCCGAGAGUACGACUCAGUUGAGGGAAUCGAGACGCUGAAGCUGGGACUGCGCGAUUCGAGCGUGCUGCUGCGCCACGAAAUUGCCUAUGUGAUGGGUCAAAUGAGUGUCGCCGCGGCCUUGCCGGUGCUCAUAGAGUUGUGCGACAAUCUAGUCGAGCAUCCGAUGGUGCGGCACGAGGCCGGCGAGGCGCUGCACGCGCUCGGCGUGAUCACGCCAGAGGUGCUCGCGUGCCUUCUGCGUCACGUCGACGACCCUUGUCUGCCUGUGCGGCAAACAAUGCAACUCUCACUAGAAGGAUUGCAGCGGAAGUGCCCUCCCGAAAUCCGCGCUAAAAUCAAAGAACGCAACGCCACGAACGACCCCGUAGAGGCGCCGAAACUACAGGCUACCGAUUCGUUGGUCGCAGAGCUGCAAAGACAACUGUUGGACGAGAGCGAGUCGCUGUGGAACCGCUACGAAGCGAUGUUCAAGCUCCGCAACAUGGACACCAAGCGAAGCGCGGCAGCGCUCGCCGCAGGCUUGAGCGAAAAGUCGAGCGCGCUACUGCGGCACGAAAUUUGCUUUUUGCUCGGGCAGCUGCAGGUCGUCGAAACGGCAGACGCAAUGAUGGACCGGCUCGCAGAUUUGAAGGAGGCGGACAUGUGCAGACAUGAGGCGGCAAUCAGUUUGGGUAGUCUCGGCUGCGUCGCAGUGGUGUUUUCGGGCGGACAGGCCGCUGGCGGACACAACGUGGUGUCGGGGUUGUUCGACUUUCUAAAGGCAUUGCACCCGAGCUCUCAGUUGUUCGGCUUUUUGGACGGGCCUAAAGGCAUAUUUACGAACCGCUACAUCGAACUGACCGCCGAGCGCCUCGCGAAGUACCGCAACAUGGGCGGGUUCGACCUGCUAGGCUCGGGCCGCGACAAAAUUGAGAGCGACGCGCAAAAGCGCAGCUCGCUCGAGGCGUGCGCACAGCUGCAGCUGCACGGGCUGCUAAUCAUCGGCGGCGACGACUCGAUGACGAACGCUGCGGUUUUGGCGGAGUACUUCGCCGCAAACGGCUGCCGCACCGCGGUCGUCGGCUCGCCGAAGACGAUCGACGGCGACCUGAAGAACCGCUUCAUCGAAGUCUCGUUCGGCUACGACACCGCGACCAAGACGUACGCGUCGAGCAUCGGCAGCGUGUGCGCCGACGUCUCGUUCUCGCGCGACGCGUACCACUUCGUGCGGCUCAUGGGCCGCGCCGCGAGCAGCGUCACGCUCGAAUGCGCGCUACUCACGCGGCCCAACUUGACGUUCAUCGGCGAAGAGGUCAAAGCCCAAAACUUGUCGCUGGACGCCGUCUGCCGGCAAGUCACCGACUUGGUGCUGGAGCGCCGCAAGCUCGGGUUGAACCACGGCGUGGUGUUGGUGCCGGAAGGGCUUAUCGAGUUCAUCCCCGAACUGGGAGACCUGAUCGCAGAGAUCAACGAGCUUAUCUACAACCACUCGCGCGAAGAGACCGAGCAACUGCUAAGCGCGUCGGCGCGCAAAGUCUACGAACUAUUUCCCGCCACGAUCCGCGACAGUUUGUUUGCGGAGCGCGACAGCCACGGCAACGUGCAAGUUUCGAAAAUUAGCACCGAAGACCUGCUCAUCGAUGUAGUGAAGCGCCAGCUCGCAGAGCACCAGUUCGACGGGAAGUUCGCGACAAUCUCGCACUUCUUCGGCUACGAGGGCCGCUGCGCGAUGCCCACCAACUUCGACGCCAACUACUGCUACAGCCUCGGCUACACCGCGGGCCACUUGGUGCAUCACCAGUGCAACGGCUUCAUGGCCGUGGUGCGGCGACUGAAGGAAGACUACACGCAGUGGACCCCCGCGGGCAUUCCACUUGUCGACAUGAUGAACUUCGAGCGGCGCAAAGGCCAAGACGUCCCGGUAAUCAAGAAGUUCUUGGUGGACCUGGAGGGCGCGUUGUUCCGCUACUUCGCUGCGCACCGCGCGGAGUACCGUUUGAAGGACUGCUACCGCAAUCUGGGCUGCAUCCAGUACGAAGGCUCCGCCGCGAACGCGCCGAACUUCAUGCCGUUGGUCUGCAAUGCUGCCUUAAAGUAG